GCGUUCAAACGCCGAUAGCACCACUGCCAGAUCUGCCCAGCUGUGUGAUUAGCUUAAGGAUCUUUUGAUGGCCUUUUCACUGUCCAAAUACACCACAAAGGAUUUUUUUGUGGAACCGGUUGCAACAUGACUUAUAUGGACUAUGAAGUGGACUGUUUUGAUAACUGUGAUAGUGACACUUGGUCACUACUGUGGAUUGAUGAUUUUCUCAAGCAACUAGGUUAUGACAGAGCUGUGGACAAGCAUGAUGUUUAUUGGUGCCAGCCUGGAAAGUCAGUAGCUGAUGGACUGAAAGAGAUUGUAUGUGAUGCAGAUAUCUUGUUAAUGAUUUCAGCAACAAUUGAGCACAAGAAUUUGAUAUUGAUUGUUGACCAUGGUGAUACUUUGGAAACCCUGACCAAAGAAGAUGUGCUGCUAGAUGGAGCUCCUGAGUUGCCCAGAGUUAUAACCCCCACAAAAGGCUGGAAGGGAAAAGAAGCUGCAUUGUCCUCGGAAUAUCCUAAGAGUCCAAAACAGAAGAGAGCAAAGAGAGUUAGAGGUCCAUGUACUUCGGUGAAGGAUCAAGUGCAGGUGUUGGUGAUGCUGCAGAAGAAAUGGAAGGAGGACAAAGUGGUGACGCCGAGGGACAAGAGGAUGUUUGUGAUGAAGAAACAGAUGAGGAGUUUUAUGAUAGCGACUUUGAUGCAGAAGAUGGUGAUGAUGAUUUGUUUGACAAGAAUGUGGACAAAGAAGUUGGUGAUCAUAGAGAGAGUGAGUUCAUACCUGACAUUGAAGCAGAACUACCUGAAGAUGCACUAGAUGACAGUCACUUGGAUCUGAGCAAAGAAGAAAGGGAAAAGUUUAAAUACAAUUUUAGAGCAUUUAACCCAGAGACCGACUUGAACGCACCAACUUUCAGGCUUGGCAUGAUUUUUGGAGACAUGAAGGAGCUCAGACUUGCUAUCAGUGCUUAUAGUGUUAGAAAUAGAGUGGUAAUGAGGAAGACAAGAAAUACAGCAACUACAUUAGUUGCUGUAUGCAAAGAAGGCUGCUCUUGGUAUAUGAAGGCAGGCAAGGAUAACAGGACAAGUAGCAUUGUAAUCAAGAAAUUUCAAGGUAAACACACCUGCACUAAAGCUUGGGAUCUCAAAGUGUUGACUACACCUUUUCUUGCAAGAAAGUUCAGGGAAGAGUUCAGAGAUAAUGAGAAAAUGUCGUUGAAGAAAUUCCAAGACAAAGUGCGGGUUGAAUACAACAUGAUUCCAACCAGAUUCAAAUUGGGAAGGGCAAGGAGAGCAGCUGCUAAGGAAGAUUAGAGGUGAAGAUGAUGACCAAUUCAAAUGGCUGUGGGAUUAUGGGCAGGAGCUUAGAAGAACUAACCCAGGCAGCAAGUUUUUCCUUUGCACAAAGGAAGUGAUAGAUGAGAAAACUAAAUUGCCACAAGAUCAUUUCUCAACUUUGUACUGGUCAAUAGAUGCUUGCAAGAGAGGGUUUCUUGCUGGUUGUAGGCCCAUAGUAUUUCUCGAUGGUUGUCACAUUAAGACUAGGUACAAAGGGAAUCUGCUUACAGCUGUGGCUAUUGACCCCAAUGACUAUAUAUUUCCAAUAGCUUUUGGCUUGUGUGAGGUGGAGUGUACGAGCAGCUGGGAGUGGUUCUUGGCAUCACUCAAGGAUGAUCUCAAUAUAUGCAACACAUCCCCUUACACUAUAAUGAGUGAUAAGCAGAAGUUAUAUAUUGGAGGCAAGAGAACUACCAAUGGUGUCAAUGUUAAAGAACAUUCAUGACAAGAUAUCUCACAGAAUUGUUUCCAAACAAAAAGAAUCAGAUAAGUGGACUGGGAGACUCUGCCCAAAGAUCCAGAAAAAGCUUGAUAAAUAUGUUGAAUGGGCUGCUCAUUGUAUGGUUCAAGAAGCUGGUAGAGGAGUUUUCCAGGUGACAUCCUUCAAAAACAUUUAUUUGGUGGAUCUGAAUAUGAACAACUGUGAAUGCAAAAAGUGGGAGUUGUCUGGCAUCCCAUGCCAUCAUUCCGUAGCUUGUUUCAGACAUGAAAGAAUUGAACCGGAAAGCAUGGUCCAUAUGUGCUAUACCGUGGAGAGUUAUAGAAAGGCAUAUGCUUAUAACAUAAUGCCAUUAAGGGACAAAGCUAGAUGUGAAAAAAUGUAUGGCACUAUUGUGUAUCCACCUUUGUACACGAAAGUCAUGGGGAGGCCGAAGAAAAAUAGGAAGAAAGAUCCAGAAGAGAAAAAGGACAAGCAUGGAGGGUUGAAGCUUACCAAACAUGGAUCCACAAUGCACUGUUCCAUAAGUGGAGCACCUGAUCACAACAAAAAGGGCCAUUACAAGCAUGAGAAUGUCAUUCCAAAUGAAGAAGUAGCUCAAGCAGGAGAAGAUUAUGAUGAUCCGUCCAUCAUCGAUGAUAUAAUGCCGCAUACUGUGCAUGCUGAUUUGGAUCCAACUCAAACUCCUGGCUCUAUGAUUUUCAUGAUGCAAGAACAGGAGAGGUUCACAUAUCCACCUGUCAGGGACUUUGGUCCACUGCCAGAAUCCACUUUCAUUGCUAAUGGAAGGGCUGAGAUUCCAUCUGCCAGAGUGACAACAGCUAUGUCAAGGGGAAGGCAACAAUCAACAAGAAGAGGAACAGGAGGGGCUGGGAGAGGAACAAGAGGAGGGGCUGGUGCUGGCAGAGGAACAAUAAGAGGGGCUGGGAGGGGAACAAGAGGAGGUGCUGCAAGAGGGGCAAGUGCAACUGCUACAAGAGGAGCAAAUGCAAAUGCUAGAAGAGGAGCAAGUGCAACUAAUGCUAGACGAGCAAGAGCAGCAGCUCCUGGCUUCUACAACCUCCCUCUUGGAGAUGACGUGGCUAAUGUUACAGGAACAGGAACUUGAAGAGGACCAGAUUAUGUCCAAGCAGAGGAAGAGGUUGUGUUCACACAGAAUGCACCUCUAGAUGAUGAUUGGCAGCAUUUUCUCUCACUAUAGUUCAAGUAGAUGAGCAACAACUGAAGCAUUUCAACUGAUGCACUACUAUUACUAUGUAUUACAUUUCUGAACCUUCCCUUUUGUGCUACUGAACCUUGUCCUUUUAUUAAUGCAAUAUUGUUGCUAUC